AGCGGACCCAAAAGGGGGUGCUCUCGGAAAUCCUGCAUUUAACUUAGGAAAAAAAAGAUGCUUUUCAGAAGAGCAGUCCUGCCCAUCACUCAACACAUGCUAGUGGAGGAGCAUCUGAAAUACUGGAAGAGUCACAGCUGAUAGGCAGAUGGAAACCACAGGAACCGCAUGUGCUGUGCUCAUUUUCAGAGUUUCAGAAUUUUGUUCUGCUGUGGCAGGUGAAAGCCCAGACCUCUUGCGUUGCUGCUGCUGUUACAUUUCUAAGUCACAGAACAAAAAGGACAAAAUGAAAAGCAGACUGUCUCGGCAUGACCACGAACCUAAACUGAUGACAGACAUUCCAGAAGACAGUGAUGCUGCUGCAGUCCUCUGAAGCUAUUAGGAAAGAUGAAAGGAAGAAAGAAGGGAUGUUCCUUACGUUUAACCUUUAUCUUGCUGUUUGUCUGUAUCACUGGGCAUGCAACUUCUGACUUAGAUGACAGCGAAGAAGAGGACGUUCUGGAUGCUGCUUUGCCACCACUGAAACUAGGGCAUUCAGUCUGUGCCAUGAAAGCAGAUGAAGGUCCAUGCAAAGCAAUCCACAUGCGCUAUUACUUCAAUAUUCAAAGCAGUGAGUGUGAAAUAUUUGAAUAUGGUGGAUGCCAUGGCAAUGAGAACAACUUUCUAACACUGGAAGAAUGUCAGAAGAAGUGUGUGGUAACAGAAUUGCCUCUGAAGAUGAUGUUAGCAAAAAUUAAGAAAGAAAAGCCUGACUUCUGCUUUCAUGAGAAAGACCCUGGAAUCUGCCGAGGCUAUUUUUCCAGGUAUUUCUAUAACAAAGAGACAAAGUUAUGUGAAAUAUUCAAGUAUGGUGGGUGCCUAGGAAACCAGAACAACUUCAAGAAUUUGGAAGAAUGCCAGACUACCUGCCAAGGCAACUUUGAAGAGCAUCCUAACACUGUGAACAGUACUUCCCCAGUAGAAGAACCCAACCAGUUCCCUGGUGUUUUUUUAAAUCUGUUGCCAACUGCUCCAAAUGAGAAGUCCAGCACUCUGAACAGUAGUUCCCCAAAGGAGGAGCGCAACCAGUUUCCCAUUUUUUUUGAACCACCCCUUAUCCCUUCUUUGUGCAUGACCCCUAUGGACAGAGGACUUUGUAGAGCCAAAGAGUUAAGAUUUUUCUACAACUACUCAACUGGAAGGUGUCGCCCAUUUAGCUACAGUGGUUGUGGUGGGAAUGAAAAUAAUUUCACCUCCAGAAAGUCGUGUUUGAGGAUCUGCAAGAAAGGAUUCAAUAAAAAAAAAGGUGAAAGAAGAUUAAUAAAAAUCAAGAAGAAAAGAAAGAAACAGUCAGUAAAGGCUCUGGGCGAGGAAAUCAUCCCUGAAAGAAUACAACUCUGAUUUUUAUGGAAAUGCGAAGUAAACUACUAUUCACCUGUGAAUGAAAGCCUUUAGUGUACACCAUUUAAAUAUAUUUACUGUACUGAUUAUUUUGAUUACAUAUUAUUAAGCUGCUUAUAUUUUUGUUAUGUAUUUCUCAUUCAUGUUAAUAAACAUUACCUUUUACUUUGAUAAAGGCUUUUAAACUGUAGUUUGAUUGUAUAUAAUUGUCAGAGCUGAAACAGGACAGA